UCGCCUGUCCUGGCUGGAAAACUCUGGAGUUGGAUUCUCCUUGGACUACCCCACCAUCAGUUUACACGCCGUGUCUCGGGACCUGAACGCCUACCCGUGGGAGCACUUGUACGUCAUGGUGAACGCCAAAUUUGAAGAAGAGGAGACAAAAGAGGCUCCCAUGGCUGAAGGGGAGGAGGAAGAAGACAGUGAUGACGAUGUUGAACCGAUUGCGGAAUUCAGAUUUGUACCUAACGACAAAUCAGCCCUGGAGGCCAUGUUUUCAGCCAUGUGUGACUGCCAGGCUCUGCACCCCGACCCAGACGACGAAGAUUCAGACAAUGAUUACGAAGGGGAGGAGUACGACGUUGAGGCUCGCG